AUGGACUGCAAAGCAUUUUUAUGUCUGGCGGUCUUUAUAAUCUGUUGUGCAGCGCUGAAACAGACUCAUGAUGGGAAGAGUGGUUGGACUGGUAAGCUUUUAGUGGUUCCCAUGGAUGGAAGUCACUGGACAGGUGUGAAAGCCGUGGCAGAAGAAAUGGGCCGCAAGGGGCACAUGGUAAUCGUGUUAAUGCCAGAGGUCAGCAUGCGUAUGGGUCCAGGUAAACACUACAUCACAAAAAUGUUUCCUGUGUCCUACAGUCGGGAUUUUUUCGAUCAGUUGAUGGCAGAGCAUUCUGAUCUAGUUACAACCUCACCGGGUUCCCUCCUGGAGAGAGUAGUUUCAAAGGUGAACCAAAUAAAGAAGAUAUUCAAAGUCUUGGCAUCUACAGGUGAAAGUCUUUUCAAGAACCAGGAGCUGAUAGACUUCAUUAGAGAGCAAAACUUUGAUGCUGUUUUAACGGAUCCUGCCGUACCGAUAGGGGCCGUAUUGGCGUAUAAUCUUUCAGUACCAGCAGUGUACAUGUUGAGGGGCAUGCCGUGUGGCGUUGAUGCUUGCCCCAACCCUCCGUCAUAUAUCCCACGCUUCUUUACGCAAUACUUAGACCGCAUGACGUUUGGUCAGCGUGUGGUCAACACGCUUGUGAGCAUGCUGGAAGUCCCAAUCUGUAAUUUGAUUUUCUGGCCCUUUGAGGAAAUGACGUCCAGCUUCAUUCAGAGAGACGUGAGUGUGAUGGAGAUCCUGAGCAGUGGAGCUCUCUGGCUGAUGCGGUAUGAUUUUACCCUGGAGUUCCCAAAACCAUUGAUGCCAAACAUGGUGCUUAUAGGAGGAAUUAACUGUGAAGUAAGGAACCCACUGACAAAGGUGAGCGUUUAG